AUGAAAAGUACAUACAUUGGAUAUAUAUCAAUUAGAGUUAAGUAAAUAAAUUCAAUAAGGCAGGAGAUUCCCCAGAAUUAUGUUAUGCCUCAUAAUUUAUAUUUAAAAUGCUUCAAUAAUAAAUAAAUGAAUAAAGUUGUCUCUUAAUUUCGUUCAGACAGUCAAAGGAUUGUGGCAAAUAUUUCCUAAUCGAAUAAUAAAAUUGCAUAUACAAAAUCUAACAAAAUUAAGACAUUUUUAUAGCAAACCAAAACAUUUUAUAUUACUGCAGACGCAUACAAAUUGGCACCAGAUCAAGAACAUUCAUAAGCAUGUAAAAGGUUUGUUCACGUAAAUCAAAAUGAAAUUUUAACACUUUUAUAAAUUGCUCAUUAAGUUAACAAUCCUUUCAAUAAAAAACAUCAUCCAUCAUAUCAAAUCUCAUUUUUAAUUAAUGAAUUUAUUCUUAUUAUAAUCAAGAAUCAUCUAGAGAUAGUUUUGAAUCAAUUUAUACUUUAGAAUGAAUAUGUAUGA